AUGCUGUCAAGCUUGACGACCAAGAUCGCCCUGAAGAAGGUGGGCCUGAACAGCAAGUCCUUCGACUUCAGCGGCGGCGGCUCCGAUACGAAGUCCAAGAGCGGGACCAACCCGGGUUUGGAUGACGUUGCCGAGAACUCCAACGGCGGCUGGCCGGGUUGGAUGUCGAUGAAGUCCCUUCCCAUCACCGUCGCCCCGUGGUUCUCCCCGCCCCCGCCUCCGGUCCCCGUCGCCGAGCCGCCCAAGAUCGGCGACCUCGCCCCGUUGGAUCGGGACAGGAAGCUCGAGUUCGGCCGCGGCAAGCCGGUGCUAGUCGUCUUCUUGCGCUGCGUCGGGUGUGCAUUCGCCCAAAAGACCUUCCUCGCCCUCCGCACGUUGGCAAACAGGCACGCGAACAACCUGACCUGCAUAGCCGUCUCCCACUCCUCGCCGGCCGCCACCCAGAAAUGGAUCGACCUCCUCGGCGGCGCCUGGAACGUCCAGGUCGUCAUCGACGAGGACCGCGCCAUCUACGCCGCCUGGGGCCUCGGGCUGGGUUCCGUGUGGUACGUCUUCAACCCGACCAGCCAGGUGCAGGGCUGGAAGGAGAAGGGCUGGCUCGGCGAGAAGGUCGCGGGCGCGAUCCAGAGGACCGGCACGGGAGGGCCGUCGGCCAGUGCGGCGGCGCCGGGGGGCUUGCAGAGGAAGGGGACGGGGGCGAGCGGGAAGAAGGGGGCGCCGCCGCCAGCACCCGGUGCCGACGGGAUGGACGAAGCGGAGGAGAUGGCCGGGGCGAGCACGGUCAUGGGUAACAAGUGGCAAACCGCGGGGGCGUUCGCUGUUGACGGCAGGGGGACGAUAAUUUGGGGAGGCAAGGCUCUGAGGGCUGAUGAUCCCAUGGACUUGGAUGCCGGUGUUGCUGCGUUGGGCCUGUAG